UUUUUUCUGCAUAAGAAUAGGCUCCAGAAUGAUUAAGAAUCCGUCGGCGGCGUGUGAUCCCGCAAUUGUGCGUGCUCACCGACACCGGCACCCAACUGCACGGGAAUCUCCCAGGAAUUGGACCCGCAUUUGCAUCCAUCGGACCGACUGCGAGAAGACGUAUUCAGCGUGCGCACAAUCGAAUCGUGGUUUCAUGCGAAUCACGUCCUUCAUUGCCCACAUCACCCUCAAUUCCCACGCCCCCGUUACUAAUCUUCUUCUGUUUUUUUAAUGAGAAAUGUGUCGUGUGAAAACGCUUGGAAUCGAAAGCAGAUUUUGAAAUGCCGUGUGAGAGGAGGUGGGUCUGAUGCAUUGUGGAAUCUAAUUAGCACCAUUUUUGAAAGAGUGGGGUUUUUUUUUUUUUUUCAUCUUGGGUUUGCCGAAACCCUAACCUCACGUUUCGAUCGCAUUGGGUCAUGUCCCCGAUCUCCUAAAUCUCUCGGAGCUGGGAAUCUGCCGAGCUUGCUGUAUCUUACUUCCAAGGCCAAAAGAAGGUAUAAGAGGACCAUGUCGAUAGAGCUGCAUCGGGUGCAAGGGAAAUACAACUACGAUCGGCUUGCAGAUGCCGUAGUAUGUGUAGACAAAAAGGUGAACUUCUACGGCAUUGUGGCUGAGUACGAGCAGCCCAAGUCCACCCGAGGAGAUGAUUGCCUAUGCACAAUGACGGUGGUAGAUAUGUCCUACAACACCCCUGGACUUCGUGUCCUCUACUUCGCACCUGCUGAUCAAAUGCCGCGGGUGAACACCGUGGGUGACAUCAUCAGGUUUCAUCGCAUUCAGAUGAGAAGUCACGCGGAUGCUCCUCAGGCGAUAGGAAAUCCAAAAUAUGGUGCAUCCUUUGUGUUAUUAAGUGGGCUUGAAGGAGAUGGCUAUGAACCGUAUCAAAAGUCUCACAGCCGUUAUUCUGUGGAGGCACAUGAUCGUGAUAUUGUAGACCUUCUUCGCACAUGGGCAUCAAGUCACCCUAUUGAUACAUUUGCAGGAACUAAUAAAUAUAUGAAGCAGAUUAAAGAUAUAAAUGUGGAAUCCUACUUUGAUUUGUGUUGUAAGAUAUUGUAUGUAAAUGAACAAAGUGCUGAAAAUAGCGUCAUCAUCUAUGUUUGGGAUGGAACCGAUACAAGCCCUGCAUGUCUAAAUCCCGUGGAACAAGGCGAGAGUGAUGAUCCAGGGCAAGAUUUAUGGAGCGCAAAGGAGCUAGCAUUGCCGGUUGAUGUGAUGCGCAGCUUCCCAGUGUUAGGUACUGUCCUGCCUCUAGUUCCCUUCGAUGUGGCCGAGGAUGACUCAGGGCCACAGAUACCCCUGGCAGGCGACUGGGUGAAAUUGCGGAAUAUUGGGUGUCGUAUUCGUAAAGGAUUGUAUGAAGGCAUCUUCCUUCAUAAGAGCAAGAUUGGCAUCCUUUCUCCAAGCACUCAAGCUGUGCAGAAUUGUGAAAGGGCAUAUAAAGAGCGCCUUACUUCAGAAACGCUUCGCCUCCCCCAGUGGUGCCCAAAACCUCCUCAAUCUAUGUUAGUUACAGGCUACGAUCAUGUGAAGGUUUCUACUUUACGGGAAGUUCUCACCCAUCCACAGGUGACAAACAAGUUUCGCUGCAUGGUGCGAGUCAUGGCCACUUGGCCAACAGAUGUGCUUGAUUUCUGUGUGCCUCUUCCCGAGAGUACUGCAGGAGGCAAAGACCAGCCAGAGCAAGGAGCCUUUGUGUAUGCGGUCCGAUUUACACUGGAGGAUCCAACAGGCCGUCUACACGUCUUUUUGUAUGGCCAGGACGCAGUGGAUUUCUUUGUUGGAUACCCAGCUGUCGAUCUACGGCAGCAAGGAGACACAGUUGGUGCACUGAAGCGUAAAGUAGACCGUCUUCUAGGCGUUUCUGAGAGCGGUCCUUCAAACCCACCCUGGGUAAACUGCUGCCUCAUGUCAUAUUACUUAGAUAAAGAGCGCCCUCAUGACACGCGUCGCUUUCGUAUUUUUGGUACACGAUUUCCGGGAUGAAGCCAAUUUUUUUUUUGGCUUUGGAAGCAACACGAUUUCACGUGUGGUGCUACGUCGAACUGCGACUAUUUCAUACCGUUGAUUUCAGGAAUCAUGGUUAAAUGUAGAAAACUAUGACGACAAGGGCGCCAACUUUGUUCGACCUUCCGAAGCACUUUACCAGUACCCUGAUUGUGGGUGCAGAUUGAAUGAUAUUUUAAGCCUGUUUAUGAAGCUUUUUAGCGUGUAAGUACAAGGAAGCAAUGUUCAUAUAAUUGGCAGUACACCAUUCUGACAUCAGUAACAAUGAAACUUGAAGUGUACAACACCAAUUUGAAAGUGAGAAUUUCGGAGGCACUUCGUGUAAUGUCCAUUGAUACUA